ACAGCCAGUGUGAGCAAGAGAGGGCGGAACUGGGUGUGAGAAGUUCAGGUGAAGGCAUUGCAACACAUUCACAUUCACACAAACCUCAGUCAAGCUGAGACACACACAUCAGGAGGGCUUCUCUCAGGAACUACUGCUUUUCACAAUUUACAGAUACUUUUCUAAGGAUUAAAUUCUGACCUUCGGCUUAAAGCUUAUAAGGUUAAAUUGCCUGAGAUUCCACUGUUAGUCUCCACUGAUCAUUAGCAGCUUUGACCCUUUCCAAGGAAAUGGAUCUUCAUCUGUAGCAUCCAUUGUGCCAUAAGGAAUGGCUCAACCACCACCUCCACCACCACCACCUCCUCCACCUCCUCCACCCCCAGCACCACCUGCCGGGGGCAUGGGGCUCUCCCGCGGAUCCAGAGCAGGUUCCAAAUUCAGGAACUUUAACUGGGAGGCCAUACCUCAACACACUGUGCUGGGCAAGCACAACAUCUGGACAGCAGAGAAAAAAAAUGAGUAUGAGCUUGACACGCAGCACAUGGAGGAACUGUUUAGCCGCAGUGACCAGAGUGAUGGGCAAGUUCAAGCAUCCAAACGAAGAAGUGUCAGAAUAGCACCGAUCAACGCACAAGGAUCUGAAAUGGUGUCUAUUCUUGGCUCCAAGAAGAACAUGAACAUCAGCAUUUUCCUCAAGCAGUUCAAGCGAUCAGUAAAUGAGCUUAUUGAGGAUAUCCACGAUGGAAAGAGUGAACGAUUUGGUUGUGGGAAGCUGCAGGAGCUGCUGAAAUUACUGCCUGAGUCUGGAGAGCUGAAGAAGCUUGUAGCAUUUCAAGGAGAUUACUCAGCACUUUCUGAGGCUGAUCAGUUCAUGGUUCAACUUGUAAAACUUCCAUGCUAUGAAGAGCACAUACGAUGUUUAGUUCUUAAAGAGGAAUUUCCACCUUUUAUGGACGAGGUGAAACAUUCCAUUGCCACCAUGACCGCUGCUGGAAAUGAGCUGUUGGAAUGUGCUGACCUUCAUUCUGUUAUCCGCCUGGUGCUGAAGACCGGGAACUACAUGAAUGCUGGUGGCUACGCUGGCAGUGCUGUGGGUUUCCGCAUGCCCUCUCUGCUGAAACUUGCCGACACGAAAGCCAACAAGCCUGGAAUGAACCUCAUGCACUACGUUGCGAUGCAAGCUCAGAAGAGUGAUGCUGCUUUGCUGAAGUUUCCAGAACAACUUCCCCACAUCGGAGAUGGAGCAAGAAUCCACAAACAGGAAAUUGAAUCAGAAUUCCAAAGAAAAAUGAGCGAAGUCCAUGAGGCGAAAAAGGGCGCUGAUAAACAAGAGGACCUGGCUGAACAGAUGAAAGACUUUUUUUUGCAUGCUGAGUCCAGGAUCACUGAAACACAAGCCUUAUUCCAGGAACUGAACAAAGUCACUGAAUCUGUGGCUGGAUAUUUUUGUGAGGAACCAAGCGAUUUUAAACUGGACGAGUGCUGCUCCAUCUUUAAUUCCUUCUGUGAAAGAUUCAACCGAGCUCUUCAGGAGAACAUGGAGCGUGAGAUGGCAGAGGUUAAACGGAAGCAGAAGGAACGGCUGCAGUCUUCUGCUAAGCGACGAUCCACAGCCACCUGCUCGAUGCGGGACAAAGGCAUGGAAGGUAUACCACUGGAGUCAGUUCUCCAUCGGUUCCUGAACGAACCCGCAUCUCGCAGGAGAGCAAGAACCCCCUCGCCAACCAUGGCCAGCCUCCUCGAGAACCCAUUACAAAACAACUGGUCCAACAAACACACUGAAAACCAGAACUGCUCAAACCUGAACUCUCCCCAGCCCUCAAUAGGUAAGGAGAACUCAGAUGGUAAACCAGAAAGGAAAAGACCGGAGUUGAGAAAAUCUAGUGCUCGUGACUCUUCGGCAUACGAGGACGUGGACGUUCCGACCGAGGAAGAGGUGCAGAAAUUGAGAGAAGUGUCCCAAAGAGUGUUGCACUACCAGUCUAGCCGUGGAAGUGUGUCUUCCAUGGAACAUAUUUCCCCAGUCACUUCUCCACAUCGACGCACGUUUCAAGAAGAUAAAGAAAAAACAAUGUCGGUUACAAAUGGCGAGGAUGAGCCCAAAGCAACAAAAAGCCCAGUACUUUUGAUUGCAAAAAGCCCUGGAUGGAUCAGUCGUCGACACACAAUCUCACUUCCUGCGCCAGAUUUGAUCGUUAUUGAGGACCAAAAAGUUGAUGUUGAUGAGGAUCGUUUUUUUCCCAGGGAGCCGGACAAGGAAAGCCCCGGAAAUCAGGUUUCGCCUUUUGUGAAAAUGGGUAGAAUCAAAUCAGUGGAUAGUAGCUACCUGCCAAAAUGUACAAAUGACCAGGUAGGCAGCGAUGUUCCAUCUGGCACUCUAACGAGCAAAUCCGAGACGUUAAAAGAAGCAGAAGUAUGGCAAGAGACGGAUAAGAACUUGCCCAGUUCUCAGCAAAAUACUCAAGUCAACACACAGAACAUCCACACCAAGAAACCCUCACGAUUUAUAGCCUUUUUCAAACGUUUGAGUGUAAAGAGCAGAUUGAGCAAUGGAGAAAGUGAGUCCAGUAGUGUGGACCCCUAGCGGACAUCAUACAGGCCCUGGGUCAUGUAGUUGAAGAAACUAAAAAAUAAAUACAAAAAUAUGGUUAAAGAACUGAUCUCUGGUACAUGUUAGAAUUGACCAAGGUUUUGCUUCAAGUUUGUAGUAUGUGUGAUGGAUUCAGUUUGAAGUUCAAGGUACGUAGUUAAAGCUGUAUAGUGUAUGGUUAUGGCCAGUGCUCAAAUUGAGUCAAGUCUUAUGGGGGUCCCCAGUUGUUGUGUAAUGUAAUGUUGUUCAUAUAUUUUUUUUUCUAAAAUAAUCUUGGGGACCCCCUAAGUCUAUUUUUUUACUUGUCAUGGGGGUCCCUAAUGCCUUAUGGGGGUCCAGGAUUCCCCCAGUCCCCCCUCAAUUUGAGCACUGGUUAUGGCCUUCUUAUCAAGAGAACUAUAUCAUUAGUAGGUACUCCUGAAUAAUAACAUGCCACUUUAAGAUUGCGGUUCAACAUGGUUUAAAUCUUGGAAUUGGGAAAAACAUUUUGCAAAAAUACCCCAACCAGUCAAAUCUUGAACUAUGAACAAUCCCAGAACUGUUUCUCUCAAGAACAAUAUGAACAAUAUGAGUGUUGAAACACACAUGAAUCCAAUGCCAACUUUACUUAAAAAUUUCGAUUUUUUAUUUUGAUAGAUAAAUAGAAAUGAAUCUGUUUAUUUAUUUAUAAGGAAGUGAACUCAAUUGAACCUCAAACACUUCUGUGUAGACUUUUUUCCCCACACAGAGCCCUUAAUAAAGUCUUUUUCUGCCUUUUUGUGACAUCACAACAAAAUAAUAGGGGUUGCUUGAAUAUACAUUUAUUAUUUAGUACAUUUUAUAUGCAUAAAUCAAAAUCUGGUUUGGGAUAUCCCUAUUUUUAGGACAUGAAAAAGAGCAGUCGGUACAAUGAAUAUGCAAAAUGAUACAUCUGUGUGUCAUAUUAAACGUUUUAUGGUAUUUGAAAUUAAUUGAAUUGACCUGGAGGCUCAGCUGUAAUUCAAAUUGUUGAUUCUGAAACCAAAUGCGUUCAGCACAGAAGCUCAUGUCUGUCCACAAAGCUAAUUUUAUAGGUGGAUGGAUCAACAAUCAUUAUAUUCCACAUCCUGGGUGUUCUUCAUUUUGACCAUUUAUAAUGGGAAAGGCUCCAGGUGUCCCCAUUACCCUGUGUAGGGUGAGCAAUAUAGAACAUAGAUGUAUGGAUGGAUGGAGGGAUGGACACAUGGAUAAUUGUGUCUUAUACACAAUGUGCUGUUGCCCAUAGAACCUUAAUCUACUAUGAAAUAUUCAGACUAGCAAAGCACAUGUUCUUCCCAAUACUCUCACUUACCAUAUUUGAAGUAGCUACUAACGAAUGCAUGAUGCUACAUUCACACAUGCAGUGAUUUUUUUUUACUGCAAGUCUCCACCCAGUGGACAAAAAAAGUCAAAACUAGAUGUAACGCAGCUAGCUUUCCACAAAUUCACAAACUGGGACAUACAGAUACAGAUCUGUAUCCCUAUUUAUUACCCACACUGUCUAUACUGUUUCAUAUUGUCUGUAUUGUCUUGUAUAGUCUGUUUUUGUCUUGUAUAGGUUUUAUUUAUGUCUGUACUUUUGAGAGUCACAAACAGCUGGAACCAAAUUUCUUGUGUGUGUCAACACACUUGGCCAAUAAACCUGAUUCUGAUUAUAGAGAUAGAGACAUAGAGAUGACUUAUUGUGAUUUGCCCUUAAAGAACCACAAUCCAAAUUUACAUAUAGCACCUUCACUCUAAUCACCCUGGCAGCAGGUCCAAAAGAAUAUUUUCAAAAACAAAACUAGUCUAUGGUGCACAAAAGGUUGGAGACCGCUGAUUUAUAGUGUGGCAUUGAGAAAGACAAAAUUUCCACACAUCUAAAAACAGAUCAUGUGAUCUUUAAUGUCUUCAUUUGCUUUGUAGUUGCUGCCCUAAGUGGCUCUACAAUUAAAACAUUUCUCAACUUGCGUCAAAUGCCAGCGAUCACUGUUUUUUUUUAAUGUCACUGGUGGUCGUCAUGCUCUCAAUGACAAUAAUGACCUCAGAAUCUGCAAGUUACUGUAAAUGUAAACAUACUCUCUGCAAUUACACAAAUGCGCCUUUAGGGUGCGCUGUUCACCAUAUAGUUUUUUUUUUUAUCAGAAGCACUGCAGUCCUCCAACGUUGGUGUUCUUUUUGAGUCAAAAUGACCCAUGUGAAUUUAUUACAUGUAAAAAGUAUUUUUUUCUGAAGUUAUGAUAGAUUUGUGACUUUGUAUUACAAUUGAACAAUCGUUUUCCCCUCAAUACACGAUACUCUAGUUUCAGACGAAAUGUGAAAAGUGUCUGAAACGAAACAUGUUCAUAGGUGUGAUACAAAAUCUUAUCUGUGGAUACACACACACUGUGGGGAAUGCUUGGUUGCCAUUUUGGGACUCGGUAUUGCUUAUGCUAAUCAUCGUCAUCCUCAAGAUGAAUAUAAGCGACUGUAGAUCUGAAAAUAAAUGAUACAUGAGUAUCAGUGACUAAUAGAGACACAUUUUUAGAAUAUAUCUAUGAGGAUUGUAUUUUACAUGUAAAGCAGAAGGUCGUUUGCUUUAACUGCGUGAUGUCGAUGUGUUUCCCUGGUUUUUACUACCUUUUUGUUGCACUGUACUCUUAUGCUUUUAUGUUUCUGAAUGAAUCCCAAUAUCCCAUAUUUCUCAUGUGCAUAUCUCUCCAUUCAUACAAAUGUAUAGGUGUAGUAACCGGAACCAUCCAAUUGGAUAAGCGCUGGGGAUAUUUAUUUAUACAAUAUUUUCAUUUUUUAGAUCAAUUAUUAAAAAACUGAAUGU